AUGCGAGCGUGGGUCCUACUCUCCGCGGUGCUCUGGUGCCUCAUUGGAGUUGGAUGGCAGCGGUCUUCCUUACUCACUAAGAAAGGCUUCGUCUAUGGCAAGGCAGGACACCCAGUGAAAAUAUAUGUAAAAUUACAUCAAAAUAGCCCAGUCCUUAUCUGUAUGGAUUUUGAACGUGCUGGUAAAGAAACAGUGGACCCCACCUACACAUGGAUUGGGCCUGAUGAAAAGUUGUUAACAGAAAGUAAUCAAAUAAAUAUAACUAAAACAGGAAUGCUGGUGGUGAAAGAUUUUCUGGAGUCUAUGUCUGGAGUUUACACAUGUACACUUUCUUAUAAGACUGUCAAAGCAGAAACCCAAGAAGAACAUAUGAUAAAGAAGAGAUAUGACUUUAUGAUCUUUGCCUAUCGGGAACCUGAUUAUUCAUAUCAGAUGGCUGUACGUUUUACCACAAAGUCUUGCAUAGGAAGAUAUAAUGACCUGCUCUUUACAGUGCUGAAGAAAAUCUUGGAUAAUUUAAUCUCUGAUUUGUCAUGCCAUAUCAUAGAACCAUCAUAUAAAUGCCAUUCUGUUGAAACUCCAGAACAUAACCUCAUACAUGAACUAUUUAUAGCCUUCCAAGUUAAUCCUUUUGCUGCAGGGUGGACAGAUGCAUGCAACGAUUCUGUUGACUGUGAAGAUAUCACUAAUCGUAAUAUCCUCCAGGCAAGAGAUCGGAUAGAAGAAUUCUUUCAGAACCAAGCACAUGUUUUCCACCAUAAUUUUAAUAAAAUUCUACCAGCUAUGCAUUUUGUGGACCACAGUCUUCAAGUAGUACGUAUGGAUAGCUGUCGAUCAGGAUUUGGAAAAAACAUAGGUCUACACAGUAAUUGUGCUAGCUGUUGUGUGGUUUGUAGUCCUGGGACUUUUAGUCCUGAUGUUGAUGUUACUUGUCAGAGCUGCAUUUCCAUCCAUAUCUACGGAGCUAAAUCUUGCCCAUAA